AUGGCGAAGAAUUCAAAAUGUAGAUGGGGAAAUUACUUCAGCUCUAUUAGCUUCCCCAUCUCGAUCUGUUUAGAGGCUGAUCCAUUAGUGUACCUAUCAAAGGCUAAAUCAGCUAUGGAUCGGAAAAAACACUCUCUUCUACCUGCUUUAGCAUUUUCGAGUACAGAAUUCAUCUUCAAUACCUUCGGAGCUAAGUUAGGUGGGACAUUACUCAAACGGCUUGUUUCGAACACAACCACAUUCAUUUCAAACAUGAUUGGGCCUACCGAUGAAAUCAGUUUUCAUGGCCAUCCUAUUGUGUACAUCGCCCCAAGUGUCUAUGGACAUGCUCAUGCAUUGACUAUACAUUUCUUAAGUUAUGCGGAAAAGAUGGUUAUCUCCAUUGCGGUCGACCCGAAUGUCAUACCAAGUCCCCACCAGCUUUGUGAUGAAAUAGAGGACUCUCUGAAAGCUAUCAAAGCCGCUCUCCUAGAAAGAGGAUUACUCUAG